AAUACUGAACAGUUUCGUAAGGAAGGAUGUGAAAAUUGUGAAUCGUUUUUACAAUUUAAACGCCACCCCGAAAGAGUACAAGAAUGUACAAGUACAAAUUUUGAUGGUUUAAUAGCUUUGAUGAAACCUGAUGAUUCGUGGGUUUCUCGAUAUAAAAAAAUAGAAAACUACGCGUGUGGUAUAUAUGCAGUUGGUGUUCAAGGAAGGAUCCCGGAACUAGUGGAGGAUGAAAUGGCUCAACGAAAUAUUCCGUACAUACCUAGAGAUG